AUGGAGAAGGGCUUAAGUAGCACCACCAGCAGCAGCAGCAAGGAAGGGUUACCUCUCACCCCUCAUUCCAACUUCAAAACUGCUUCCACGGACGAUGACCUCGCUCACAUCCUCUUCAACAUCAAAUUCUCCAAAACUUCCGCUGUUAUCAAUUAUGGCGCCUCUUGGUGCCGCGUGUGCAGUGAAAUCCUCCCUGCAUUCCAUAGAUUGAGCAAUAAUUUUCCAAAGCUCUCCUUCGUCUAUGCAGAUAUUGAUGAAUUCCCAGAAACAACUCAACACAUUCGAUACACCCCUACUUUUCAAUUUUUUCGAGAUGGUGAAAAGGUAGAUGAAAUGUAUGGUGCUGGAGAAGAGAGGCUGUGUGAUCGUGUCUGGUUGCACUCUUGA